AUGAUUGAUCAUCAGGCCAAUAGCAACGGCAUUAGCAACGUCGACGACACCAACAACGAUAACAACAACAACAACAUUAGAGACAGUAACAAUAGCAACAAUAGUGGCAAUAGCAAUAGUGGCGCAAGAAGAGAAAGAGGAGAGGGUAGAGACAGAGAAUCAAUGUAUAACAGAUUGUAUAGGAUCGCCGGCAACCCAUUGAAAGAGAUGAGGAGCAUAAUUACACAGGACUGCAACAAUCGUUCAUAUUACAAUAGUAAAGCAGGCGAUAAUGUUGAGGAACAACAACGCGAACAAGAUUUGUACAAGAACACUAUAGUACCAAUGCGUACGACACCUGCCACAAAGCUCGGCGGCUAUCAGUUCUAUCGCGAUGUGCUCAAGUCACCAAAACACAUUGUCGCCCCAAUGGUCGACCACACCUUCCUCGCCUUCCGCAUGCUGUGCAGGAAGUACAAGGCAGACCUUGUUUACACGCCCAUGUUCCACAGCAAGAUGUACGUCACAGACCUCUCCUAUCGUCUCGAGAACUUUGAAUUCUGUCCCGAGGAUAGGCCACUCGUUGUUCAACUAUGUGGAAAUGAAGUUGAGUACAUUGUAAAGGCCGCAAAGAUGGUGGAGAGUCAGUGCGAUGCAGUGGAUAUAAACUUGGGUUGUCCCCAGGGCAUUGCCAGACGUGGAAACUAUGGCGCAUUCCUUUUGGAGAAACCAGACAUUGUGUUGCCAAUGGUCCGCGCGCUCCAUGCUGAGCUCAGCGUGCCAGUGUUUUGCAAGAUCAGAUUGUUGCCCAAGCUUGAGGAUACUAUCAAACUGGCACUUCAACUCCAAGAGGCUGGAUGCCAGCUCCUCACCGUUCAUGGACGCACCAAGGAGCAGAAAGGUCAUCUCCUAUGCCACGCCGAUUGGAAGGCGAUCAAGGCCAUCAAGGAUGCAUUGACUAUACCAGUCUUUGCCAAUGGUAGUGUUGUAGAGUAUUCAGAUAUUGAGCCAUGUUUGGAGGAGUCUACUGCCGAUGGUGUGAUGUCGGCCGAAGGAAUAUUGGCCAAUCCAGCCCUGUUCAAUGGACCAGACAGAGUGCCAGCACUUCAAUUGUGUCGCGACUACCUGGACAUUGUCGAGCAAAUAUCCAACACCAUACCCAGUUGUCCGUUCACAUUUCUUCAAGAUGUUGAUGUCAGAGUAAGUUGUAGCAGCAGCAUCGUCAACAGCAGCAACCUCAUUAACUAA